UCGAUCAUUAUUCCACAGAUUGAAAUUAAGUUUAUGUAUAAUGGCAGUAGUCAACAGCUCGCAGAAAGCAGGGCAUGUCUUGGUCCUCGCAUUUCCAUUUGGAAACCAUGCAAAUCCAUUGCUGACCUUGGUGUGCAAGCUGGCCAGCGCUGCCCCGGACGUGUUGUUUUCCUUCUUCAACACAGAGAAAUCGAACGCUUCCCUUUUCUCGAAGCCAAAAUCAGAGGCCAUUCCAGACAACAUAAAACCAUAUAAUGUCCCGGACGCUCUGCCCAAAGAUUAUGUCAUGUCAGGAAAUCCACUGGAGGCCGUGGACAUAUUCCUCAAGCCGGCACCCGAAAUGUUCAAAGCAGGUAUAGACAAGGCCGUGGCGGAGAGAAGCGAGAGGCGGGUCAGUUCCCUGAUCACAGAUGGAUUCCUGGUCUUUGGUGGAGAGAUUGCUGAGAGUUUGGGCAUUCCAUGGUUUCCUGUUUGGUUGCCCUUGGCCUACACCCUAUCCGCUCAUAUAUAUACAGAUUUUAUUCGCCAGAUCUGUGCCGAAGAAGCCAUUGCAAACGGUGGUAAUGAAGAUUGGCGUCAGCACAAAAGGCUGGAAGUCAUUCCAGGAUUGUCUGCCAUGCUCAUUGCAGACGUGCCCGAUGAAGUACUUCCUAGCGAGUCGGUAUUUGUCAACACACUGAGUAAACUCGGACAUGUGCUUCUGCAGCCGGCAGCCAUUGUCAUGAACUCGUACGAAGAACUAAGUUCCACACCUCUCAACAAUGAUCUGAAAUCCAAAUUUCGGAAGGUGCUUAAUGUAGGGUUUCUCUCCCUCUCAUUACCACUGCAGCCGCUUCCAGCUUCAAACUCCGAUGCCAGCGGCUGUCUUACGUGGUUGGAUGAGCAAGAAGCAUCAUCGUCUGUGGCGUAUAUUAGUUUCGGAACAGUGGCAGCCCCACCUCCGCACGAGUUGAUUGCUUUGGCUGAGGCAUUGGAAGAGAGUGGAAUGCCAUUUCUUUGGUCUCUUCGUGACAACAUGAAGCAGCUAUUGCCGGAUGGAUUCGUCGAAAGGACUAACAAGCAGGGUAAAAUAGUGGCAUGGGCACCUCAAGCUCAAGUUCUGGGACAUGCUUCGAUCGGGUUGUUUGUAACACACUGCGGGUGCAAUUCGGUAUAUGAAAGUAUUGCAAAUGGUGUGCCGAUGAUCUGCAGGCCGUUUUUCGGAGAUCACCGAAUGACGGGGAGGUUGAUAGAGGAAGUAUGGGGUAUUGGAGUGAGCAUUGAGGGUGGAGUAUUUACGAGAAGUGGAGUGCUCAAGAGCUUUGAGCUCAUUUUGUCAAAUGAAGAGGGGAAGAAGAUGAGAGGUUCAGCACGAAUGCUCAGAGAUGUUCUAGCAGAGGCUGCUGGCCCUUCCGGAAGUGCUGUGGAAGAUUUUAGGACUUUGGUAGAUUUGAUUAUUUCUUCGACUUAAGCAACUAGAUUGUUGUGUACGUUGUUUUCUUUAAUUAUCGAUCUGUUUUUGUCUGCCUUGCUGUCUUACAUCGUCUGCGGUCUUAAUCGUAUCUUGUUUAAAAGUCUCUUCUUAUUUAAUAAAAUAUCUGACUGAAGAUGAAUAAUCCCCCCUUCUGUACGUUUUCUGUGUUGGGGUACAUGAUUAAGACAUGCAUAUCA